CCUGCCCUCCCGCAUCAUUCUCUUAAAGCUGGGUGCCUGGGGCACUAGCACUAUCAUGGGGGUGUCCUGAGCUGAAGCAGGGUGUUGGGUCACUGCUGCUGCCGCCACUGUCACUGCUGUGUCAGCUCUGGUGGGGACGACACCUGAUCAGGUAUCCUGACGUGAAAGAGAGGAGGGAAAAAGGCUGACGAGCAUGCCAGCACUUAAGACGUAGGCAGAGUGGAGUCCACAAAGGGGAAUCAGAAGAAAUAGCCUGAGAAGAAGCAGGGGACCCAGGAGAGGGGGCAUCAUGGAAGCCAAGAGAAGGAAGAGAGGCCACAGGGUAACCUUCUGUGACUGGACGGCCAGGGCUGUUGAGCUGUCUGCCAUCUCAAAACCCAGCUGUAAGCCAGCGUGGCAGGGGCUGUGCAUGGAAGGCAGGAGCUGGGACCCCAGAAGGCAACUGUGCCCGCCGGGCAUCAUGCUGCUGGCCUUUGCCACUCUGCUCAGCUGCCUGCUCACCUCCGGCCAGGCCAAGGUCUACAGUCGCUGUGAGCUGGCCAGAGCCCUCCAGGAUUUCGGCAUGGAGGGAUACCGGGGAUACAGCAUGGCUGACUGGGUCUGUCUUGCUUACUUCACAAGUGGCUUCAAUACAGCUGCUGUGGACCAUGAAGCUGAUGGGAGCACCAACAAUGGCAUCUUCCAGAUCAGCAGCCGGAAGUGGUGCAAAAAUCUCAGCACAGAUGUCCCCAACUGGUGCCAGAUGUACUGCUCCGACUUGCUGAAUCCUAACCUUAAGGACACUGUCAUCUGUGCCAUGAAGAUAGCUCAACAGCCCCAGGGGCUGGCCAGCUGGGAGGCCUGGAGGCGUCACUGCCAGGGCAAGGACCUCAAGGACUGGGUGGAUGGCUGUGACUUGUAGGAUCCUCUGUGGAUGGACCGGGCCACGCACAGCAGGCUGGGAGAUGUGGUUUGGUUUCUGACGCAGGCUUGGGAAGACAAGCCAACCAAUAAAGAGUGGUUUAACCCAA